UAUGGAAAACACAAUUAUCUAACUUAACUAACAGCGACAUUAUUGCUAAAGUAAACUAUUUAUUUUACUACUCUUGAUGUCUACAGCAGGUGGACAAUAUCAAGAACAAUAAACAAAAAUACUAGCAUAGUGAAAUAGCCAUUUAUAUUUUUGUUUGUCCGAUAGUUUGUGAAAUGUCUAAACGCACGUUAAAAAUAAAUUGUAAUUAAAAAGCAGGGUUGGGAUCGAUUCUCCCCUCUUAAGGCCGGUGUCAGUGAUAACACUGGGCUCUGUUAUCAUCUUGAAAUUACAGUCCGAAUCUGACGACCUCAAGCUGACGCAAGGGUAUAUUAUUAUCUCCUCCAGUCUGCUUCGCAGCGCCUUUCGAUUCGGGCGUUGUAGUUUAUUUGACGGUCUAUUUAAUCAUGUCCGAGUUGCCUGAUAAAAAACCAAUAGAUCAGGUCGGUGAAAAUCAAGUGGUGUCGAAACCAACUGGUGCUCAGACCAGCAUAUUGCAUUUAGUGUAUACAUUUGGUAAACACUUAAGUAAAGUUGCUAUUGUUUACCUUUUCGGCUACUUCAAUAUCAGCCCUGCAUGGCUUUUGGGUCCGUUAGUGUUGUCAGUUCUAAGGGAAGAAUGGAAGAAAGAAAAACAAUUGAAGAGGAAUAUUGCCAAAGCAGCUGCAUUAUCAAAUGAAAAAGAUGUGAUUCUGGCGAGAGUUGAUGAUCUUCCUGCAUGGGUGUUUUUCCCAGAUAUCGAAAGAGCAGAAUGGGUCAAUCGGAUUCUCAGCCAAGUAUGGCCAAAUGUGAAUCAUUAUGCGAAAGACAUCAUAAAAGAUAAAAUUGAACCAGCAGUUCAAGAAAGCCUACUUAUGUACAACAUGAAGGGAUUUUCCUUUCAGAAAAUGCGCCUUGGAUCCAUUCCUCCCAGAGUUGGUGGUGUUAAAGUAUAUGACAAGCAUAUUGCCAGAGAUGAAAUAAUUAUGGAUUUGGACAUUUUCUAUGCUGGAGAUUGUGAUAUUUCUUUUACCUUGAGUGGGCUUUCUGGUGGCAUCAAAGAUUUUCAGAUCCAUGGGAUGGUCAGAAUUGUCCUGAAACCAUUGAUUAGAACCAUGCCUUUGAUCGGAGGUUUACAGAUUUAUUUUCUUAACAAUCCAACUAUGGACUUUAAUCUAGUUGGUGUAGCUGAUCUGUUGGAUAUGCCAGGCCUAAGUGAUAUGCUGCGAAGAAUUAUAGUUGAGCAAGUGUCGGCAAUGAUGGUUCUACCCAAUAAAUUAUCAAUUGUGUUGAGUAAUGAUGUUUCUACACACAACCUUAAAUUUCCUGAACCACAGGGUGUUCUGAGAGUCCACUUGAUUGAAGCUAAAGAGCUAAUGAAGAAAGAUAUCAGUAUGCUUGGUAAAGGAAAGUCAGAUCCGUAUGCCAUUAUUACUUUAGGUGCCGAAUCUUACAGGACAAAAACAAUUGACAACACAGUUGAUCCUAAAUGGGACUACUGGUGCGAGUUCCCGAUUGAUGCUAUCUCUGGCCAAAUUUUGAACCUCAGACUAAUGGAUGAAGAUGAUCUUUCGAAAAAGGACUCUAACUUAGGGAAGGCAUCUGUUGAAGUAUUUGGAGUCAGUGAAAAAGGCCAAACUGAUGCUUGGGUAACAUUAGAAGAAGCCAAAACUGGAAUGGUCCAUGUACGAAUGUCUUGGCUGGAAUUGUCUGAUAAUAUUGAAGAUUUGAAAACUGCCAUUGCUGAGACUCAAAUGCUUCGGGUGACAACCAUGAGCACUGCUGUUUUAAUGGUUUAUGUUGAUUCAGCAUCACAUUUACCUAGGUCUGGUGGAAAAAGUGGAAACGCUCCCCCUGAUCCUGUGUUUCACAUCAGUGUUGGAAAAGUUACAAAACAGUCUCCGAUCAUUUACAGAACAGAACAUCCAGUUUUUGAAAAAGAAUUUACCUUUCUCGUUAAUAAUCCUGAAACUGAUACAAUGCACAUCAAAUUUACAGACACUAAAACUCAAACUGAAAUUGGUAAACUUUCAUAUAACUUGAGUAACCUCCUUGAUAAACCUGGUCUCGAACUUCAACACCAGCCUCUUCAGCUGAAAACCUCUGUUCCUGAUUCAAAAGUUCAACUUUCUUUGAGAUUGAGGGUCUUAAGACAUCCUGGAGGCACGAUAAAAGAUGAAGAUGAAAUUUCUUUAUAUAAAGGGGAAAUCAACCCGUCUCCACAGCUGUCCAGAGGUGCAAGUAUCAAGAAACAAGAUUCUAUUUCUGCACUCAAGAAACAAGACUCUGUAUCCACAAUCUCCACAAAAUCAGAAGAUAAUUUACCUGACACUUUCAAAUCCUCUGAAGAAUCUCAAAUUAUGACAAGUCCAUCUCCUGCGAUGGAAACUGUUCAUCGCCGACAGCCCAGCACAACUUCGUCAGUUGGUGACAGUUCUCUUGGAAAAAUUCAGUUGACCCUUCGUUAUAGUGUACAGAGACAAAGACUGAUUAUUCUUGUGCACAAAAUAGGAAAUUUACCACUCAAGGAUCCAAGCAACAUUCCUGAUCCUUAUGUUAAGUUAUAUUUAUUACCAGAAAGAUCUAAAGAUUCAAAAAGAAAAACAGAGACUGUUAAAGACAAUUGCAAUCCAGUGUAUGACGAAACCUUUGAGUAUGUAAUGUCACAAGGAGAACUCAGCACAAGACAGUUGGAAGUAACAGUGCUAACACAGAAGACUUGGAAAAGUCCUGUAAUGGGACAGGUUAUUAUAAACUUAGCUGAAUUAGAUUUAAGCACAGCUGUCACCGCUUGGUAUGAUCUGCAACCAGAAACUUUAAAAGAAAAAGAUCAGUAAAUGGAAUAUCAUUUGCCAAAUUAUUAACAAAUGCACCGUCCUAAUUAACAAGCUUAUCUAAUAUUAUUUAUAUUGUACUUACUCUAUAGACUUUGUUAUUUUUUGUAUAUUAUAUGUUUACUAAUAAAUUAUAAUACUCUACAGUUUAUGAUUAUUUGUGCUCCUGAUUAGAAUUUAUAUUUAUUCAUCCUAAGUUAAUGAUACAAAAAUUGUAUUUAUUUAAACAUGUUACUUUUUAGGAAUUGUUCAUCUGUUUUAUACAUUUUAGUAUUUGCUUUUUAUUAUGAUUUCACUGCCAUAUAUUUAAACUGUAUUACCGUUCUAACCAUUAUUAAUUUUCCCUUUCAAUUCUCUCAUUGAUUAUAUGUUUCUCAAUUCUACAGUUAACUGUUUUUACCUGAAAUCACCCUUCAAUAUUAAAUUAAUUUUGUUUAGUCAGACAUUUAUUUGAUUUAAGUUGAUUUGUAUUUCAUUAUAUCCUGAAUUUUCAUAAAAGUAUAUAUUAUUACUAUCAUUAUUGACUCCUAGUGGAGCAUAUUGUGUUCCAUUCCGCUCUUUUUGCAGCAAUCAUUUUUACUCUGGCCAAGUCUUACCAGCCCUGUUCAUUUUGAACAGAUUUGUCGUGUCUCUCUAGGUCUUUCUCUUCUUGAUGUUCCUUAGGGAUUCCAUUGCAAGGCUUCUUUCUCAAUGGCCUCAUCUGUUUUCCACAAAGUGUACCCUAUCCAUUUUCAAUUAUCUUUUUAAAAGUAUAUAAACAAGUUUGAAUGAUUUGAUUUGUUUUUUCAUGUGUGAAGAUGAUUCUUUAUAACAAAUCAAGAGAUGAUUGACAAACCACAAUGCAUUAUUUAUUGCAAUUCAAAUGUGAGCUGCAAAGGAUGUGUUGGUGCUUUGUUAUAUAUAAAUUAUUUAUUUAUUGAAUCUGCAGAAGAAUAUCCUUUAAAAGAUUUAAUGAAAUCUCCAAACCUUAAGAAGUAAAAUUCAAGAAUAGUCAAAUAAAAAUCUAAUUUAAAUACAAA